CUCCUUCUGCAACCUCCCCAUCUUUCUUCGCAGCCAUGUACCGUCCGGUGUGGGCCCACCCGACGCCUCCGGCGGGCUCUCAGCGGUGGCAGGAGACUUGGGCUCGCCUCCUCACUCCUUUGACCCUCUGGAUAUGUGGCAUUUUCGGUGAGUCUCCGAUACGGGUACUAUGGCGACCGUAGGAUGGAGCUCGGGUCGAGCUCUUCGCGAUUGAUGAAGGCUAGUGCUGUGUUUGUCAAACAUGUUGAAGUGAGAGAUGUUGACAGGAAAGGGGUUUCUCUCUACGCUUUUUCUGAAGAGCCUAAAUUGAACUACCAAACAAAUUGGAGUGUGCACAAUUACUUGAUCAUUCCAUCGUAUAAUCGCAAGGGAUUUUCCUUCUGGUUAAACAAGGGUUCAAGUUUGUCCAUGAGAUUGGAAGCUCAUGCUACUACCUUAAAUCAACUACAAGUUGCUAUGCUUAAAGGGGAACAAAAUAUCGAAAUAUUGCAGCCGGAACAAACAAGUUCUCAGGACAGCCUCGCCUUCAAUGAACCCAAAAUCGGUAAAGAAGCCGAGUACAAUAUUGAGGAAGAUGACAAGUAUUACCUUGAAUUCAUAAGCACAAAUCCUAAUAGCGCAAUUGUAUCAGUGAAUGUAAGCGUGUCAUCAACGAUGUAUGAUGUUACGAAAGCUAAGGACGUCUGUUCAACAACGAAGGGGUCCUGCCGUCUCAGCCUUGUAUUCCCCAAUACUCACUAUGUCAUACUAACCACACCUAACAAUUCAUUGCAGGGAGAUCUUGGUGACUGGUACAUUGAGCUUUCGUUCGUGGCUCGUGUGGUAACCUACAUUGCGAUUUUAGGAUUUAUUGUGGUGGUUGUUUUUCUGAUAUUGAAAUACCUUGGAGCCUGUGACGGUGAUGAUAGAACUUUAGUUGAAACAGCAGUGGAAGAAGUUAAUGAGACUUACCCUAUAGUGCCACAGAAGACGCUUCUUCGACAGACAUAUGGGACAAAUGAAGAAGAUGAAGAUUCAGGAGCUUCUAGUAGCUCCUCGGAGGAAUUAUAUGACGAGAAAUUAUGCGUAAUUUGUUACGAUGAGCAGCGCAACUCCUUCUUCGUUCCUUGUGGUCACUGUGCCACCUGCUAUGACUGUGCUCAAAGGAUCAUGGAUGGGGAGAAUAGGGUGUGUCCAAUAUGUAGAAGGCUCAUCCACAAAGUGAGAAAAUUGUUCAAUCCCUGAAGCAAAGGUCUUGAUUGGGAGAUUUUGCGAUUUAGUGUGACUGAGAAGAUUUUAUUUUUUGGGUGUGGAAAGAGAAGAGUUGUAUACGUACAGAAUGAGUGCCAUUAAACUCUAACUUGUGCCCACAACCAAUGCCUUAUUGUUCAAUAUACCCCACAAAAAAUUUCUUUUUCGAAUCAAACUGCGCGGAAGAGAGCAAUUUGGGUGCGGUUUAUUCACCAGCAAACACUGGAGCAUGGAGAAAAAGCUGUUAUGUGAACUCUCUAAUGGAGAUUGCCUCAUGUUUUUGAAAAAUUUAAUCAUUUGCAGAGUUGUAUACAAUUCUUGUGUCUUCCUUGAGAAGAAAAGAAAAUAAAACAAAGAGGGUGCACUAAUGAAGAUUAAUUCUAGUUUCUA